ACAACAACGGUUGUUAUCAUUUGAAGCUAAAGGCAAAGCGAGUGGCCAGAGAAGCACGCGAGGCAUCUGAAGAAGAGAGAGGCAUGGCGUCCGCUCUAGCUUUUGCAAGUUCUUUCAACGUCCUCUCCCAGACUCUCCAUUUCCGAAAGAACAAACAAACACAUCGUCGUCCCUCUCUUUGUGUCUCUGUUUCCGCUUCUCUGGAAGCUCUCAUAUUCGACUGCGAUGGAGUCAUUCUAGAAUCAGAGCAUCUCCAUCGCCAAGCUUACAAUGACGCUUUUGCUCAUUUCAGCGUCUCUUGCUCCCCUUCCCAAACUCUCAACUGGUCUCCUGACUUCUACGAUGUUCUCCAGAACCAAAUUGGCGGCGGCAAACCCAAAAUGCGAUGGUACUUCAAGGAGCACGGUUGGCCUUCUUCAACAGUAUUCCGGACUUCUCCUCAGGACGAUGAGAGCCGUGCCCAGUUAAUCGAUACUCUUCAGGACUGGAAAACUGAAAGAUAUAAAGAAAUUAUCAAAUCUGGAACAGUGCAACCUCGACCUGGAGUCCUGCGGUUGAUGGAUGAGGCCAAGGCUGCUGGAAAAAAGCUAGCUGUUUGCUCUGCAGCAACUAAAAGUUCAGUUAUACUAUGUCUUGAAAACCUUAUAGGAUUGGAGCGGUUUCAAGGUCUUGACUGCUUCCUUGCAGGUGAUGAUGUGAAGGAAAAGAAGCCUGAUCCAUCAAUUUAUGUGACAGCUUCCAAGAUGCUAGGCGUAUCGGAGAAAGAUUGUUUGGUGGUGGAGGAUAGCGUUAUUGGACUACAGGCUGCAACUAAAGCUGGAAUGUCAUGCGUGAUUACAUAUACUUCAUCAACAGCUGACCAGGAUUUUACAGAUUCCUUAGCAAUUUAUCCGGAUCUGAGUAACGUCAGAUUAAAAGACUUGGAAUUCUUGCUUCAAAAUACCGUCGCUGCCAGUUAGAAAUCCCGCAUAUUGCUGGCGAAAAAAUGACAAGAAUUAUGCGGCUUUGUUAAAUUUCAGCUGUUGCAUAUUAAACCGUCAUUCAAAGGUAUUAAUUUCUUUUUUGCAAUCAAAGAAGAAAGGAAAAUCCAAUAAUUCAUGUGUUUAUCCUUGAGAAGAAAACAGAAACUCAUAAAAGGAAAUCUGCCGAUUCUGUAUUUAUUUAAUUUUAGGAGCAGUUAUGAAUGUAUAGAAAUUAUGAGGAGGGAUUGUACCGA